AUCCUAUCCGAACAAAAAAAAUCAACGCCUAUUUCCGUUCUCGUUUCCAAAGUUGGGAGACAGGGAAAGAGUGUGUGAGAAAGAGAAUGGACGCCAUUGAUUCCGUCUUCGAUCCGCUCAGAGAAUUCGCAAAGGACAGCGUGAGGCUCGUCAAGCGUUGCCACAAACCCGAUCGCAAAGAAUUCUCCAAGGUUGCCGUGCGUACCGCAAUUGGUUUCGUGGUGAUGGGGUUUGUGGGGUUUUUCGUUAAGCUCAUUUUCAUUCCAAUUAACAACAUUAUCGUCGGAUCUGGUUAGGUUAAGGGGAACUGCAAUCGCCUCAGGACUUCAAGUUAUCAAGAAAAUGGAGGCUGAAAAAUCCCCCAUGAAUAGAUAAUUAAUCUUUUGUUAUAUUUCAUUUUUGGUUUUUCCUUAUGACUGGAAAGCUAUGAACGUUUGUGCUUAUCUUCUGUUAUAUACCUUCACACAUUGUUUUGAUUUAGGAUAAGGAGGAAAAAGGAAUGGUGAAACUGUAGUUUUGUUUUUA